AUGCAAUGUGUGGUAUGGAUCCCUGGUUCUCGGUACAGUCCAGGCGGGAGCACGCGGGACUCGGUAAGACAAAUCACCACGUACCCAUUUGCAUCCCCAGCAUCCUCCUCGAUUUCGGCCAGGUCCGGUUUGGGGUUCGACGCCGAAAAUACCGACGAGCGCGGUCAGAUGGAUCUGGCUGUGCUGCUCGUGUUUUGCGAUCAGCAGGGACCUGUUCUGAAGAGCGAAAAAAUCGAAAUGAAUCGCCCGAUAGAAGAUACGGCGUGUCUCGAUCCACCGUACAUCCGUCGGGAAUUGAGACUGCCUACUUUGUAG